AUGGUCGCCCUCUCGGCCCUGGGUGCUCUCCUACUCGCUGCCAACCUCACGUCUUUUGACCCGAGCACCGACCGUCCCAGUGCCAAUGACAUGGCGAAAACGAUCUUUGUCGUCCGUGCUGACUUGUCUGGUGGACGGUUUGCGUCUGCCAAGCCCGUGUCCAACGUCACGUUUCCCGUCGCCGAUCCUGCAUCAACCGUGUACAUUACGUUCGACAGUGCGUCGAAAGCGGUGAACGCUGUGAUGCCUCCCAAGGCAAUAACUAACUUUGUGUACGCACUCAUCUUCAGCUACAGCGGCGGGCCACGCGUUUGCGACGCCAUGGCGGGCAGUGCCUCCAAGCUCAAUGCGUCGGUCGAGCUCCAGUACGCAGACGGGAGCUCAGGUCGGACGAGUUCAGCCAAGUGGUCGUCCGCGUCGACGCUGGCUGCUUGGACGCUGCAGUGCAAUUUGAAAGCAAGGACGGCCGCCGUCUCGUUCCGCCUCGGCUUCACGCGACGAGAGUACAUGCGUUUGCACCCGUCCUCGACCAUGGAGCGGUGCGGCGACUCGAUCUACCCUAGCAAGAUUGACCCAAGUGUCAACGUCGCUUUCACCGCGCCCAACGGAACGUGGGAACAGCAAACGAUCGCGGACGAUGCCACACUCUUUUUCGUCUACAAAGUGCCACUUUCGGGCCCGAUGCUCAACGCCGCUGCUGCACUCGAGGUGCCGCCGGUCCUCACGCGCUCGUACGUGGCCCAACCUCCCCGGACCUCCAUCCUCACGGGCGCGCUGUUCGUUCAAGAGCUCGUGAAAUCGCCGAACCCGACGCGCUUCCACAGGGUAGCCCGAAUGUCCGAGCCGACUUUCCUCCUCCUCGAGAAGGUGCUCAUCGCUAUCUACAUCUACUCGGGCUCGUCCAGCCGUCUCGCCCCAGAGCGCUCUCAACACAGCGGCGAGAAGACGAUCUAG